UUCUCUUUCAGAAAGCAAUUUGGCCAUUUGUAUUAAGAACUAUUAAAAAUGUGUUUUAAAAAAAAAAAACAUUAAAAAAAAUUCCCUGACCAGGGGUUGAGGUGCAGCGUGACGCCCGAGGAAACCAGGGGCUGAGGGGGCAGUGGUGGCUGAGAAGUUGGUUCCCAGGGAGGCACAGGUGGCGCUGCUGCUAAAAAUAACAAAGGGGUAAGGGAAGCAAGAGAAAGGGACUGUUUGGUAGAAUGAAAACCCACAGUCCAGAGUCAGGGCAGGUGUCAUUUUUCUUCCCAUACUGCCCUCUAUGUCCCCUUUGUGCUCACGGCCACAAGGCAGCUCAACGAGAACUGCGCCGUCAGACGCUCGUGUGUCUCUGCUGGUCUGAGUCCGCCGUGGGCUCGAACCUGCAGCUUCCCUGGAGCGUCUCCAGGACACUGUGGUCUCAUCCAUCGGCACAGCCAGGGCCAGUAGGAGAAGACGCCAUGACCCCCACCCUCACGGCCCUGCUCUGCCUCGGGCUGAGUCUGGGCACCAGGACCCGCGUGCAGGCAGGGACCCUCCCCAAACCCACUCUCUGGGCUGAGCCAGACUCUGUGAUCACCUGGGGGAGCCCUGUGACCAUGUGGUGUCAGGGGACCCUGGAUGCCAAGGGGUACGGUCUGGAUAAAGAGGGAAGAUCAGAGCCCUGGGACACAGAGACACAACUCAAGCAUGGGAACAAGGCCAAGUUCAACAUCCCAUCCAUGACAGAGCUCUAUACGGGGCGAUAUCACUGUUACUAUUACAGCUCUGAUGGAUGGUCAGAGCCCAGUGACGCCCUGGAGCUGGUGGUGACAGCACCAUAUGAAGGCAUUCCCACUCUCUCAGCCCUGCCAAGCCCUGUCGUAACCUCAGGAGGGAACGUGACCCUCCAGUGUGGCUCACAGCUGAGAUUAGACGUGUUCAUUCUGACUCAGGAAGGAGAAAAGCUCACCCGGACCCAGGAUUCACAGCGAACCUCCUCUGGGCAGUACCAGGCCCUGUUCCCUGUGAGCCCCGUGACCCCCAGCCACAGGUGGACAUUCACAUGCUAUGGCUAUAACAGUAACAAGCCUUUGGUGUGGUUGGGCCCCAGUGACCCCCUGGAGCUGCUGGUGUCAGGUGUGUCUAGGAAGCCCUCCCUGCUCAGCACGCAGGGCCCUGUCCUGGCCCCUGGACAGAACCUGACCCUCCAGUGUCGCUCUGAUGUCAGCUACGACAGAUUCACUCUGUACCAGGAGGGGGGACGCGUCCUCGCCCAGCGCCCUGGCCGGCAGCCCCAGGCUGGGCUGUCUCAGGCCGACUUCCCCCUGGGCCCUGUGAGCGGCUCCCACGGGGGCCAGUACAGAUGCUACGGUGGACACAGCCUCUCCUCUGAGUGGUCGGCCCCCAGCGACCCCCUGGUCAUCCUGAUCACAGGACAGCUCAAUGACAGACCCUCCCUCUCGGUGCAGCCAGGCCCCACGGUGGCCUCAGGAGAGAACGUGACCCUGCUGUGUCAGUCACAGAGCUGGAUGGAUGAUAUGUUCCUUCUGACCAAGGAGGGGGCAGCCGAUCCCCCCCUGCGUCUCAGAUCUAAGUACAGAGCUGGGCAGUUCCAGGCUGAAUUCUCCAUGAGUCCUGUGACCUCAGUCCAUGGGGGCACCUACAGGUGCUACGGCUCACUCGGCACUUCCCCCUACCUGUUGUCACUGCCCAGUAACCCCCUGGAGCUCGUGAUCUCAGAAUCAUCUGGGCACUCCGGCCCCCCAACCGCAGGGCCGUCCUCAACGCCUGGUAAGUCACUAAAGUGUCUCCGCUCAGAAGGAGCACGGCCUGCCCCAGGGCAGUGCUGAGUCCCUCAUCAUCACAUUCCCUCAAAUUCUCAAGGCUGUGUCCAGGGGGUGGGAGUCAGGCAGAAAUGCGGGGACCCCAGGCUCCCAGGGCUCUGAGGCUGGUCUGGUGAGGGGUGGGGGGCCCAGGCAGGGGAAUGCUGGGCCCGGCCUUGGGGAGGGGCGGGCUGCAGUGGGGAUCAGACGGCCCCCACCCCGCAGCUCCUGCCCUGACCAGGAGGCCUGAGGAUCAGCCCCUCCCCCACAGGGUCCCGCCCCAGAGUGGCAAGUGAGGAGCUCUGUGUGGGGAGGUGGGGGGGUCCGGGGGAGGCAGGGGCUGAGUUAAGCCAUUGGCUCAGGCUCCUCUGGAGACCAGGCGUGGACAAGCCUUCCCUGUCUGGGCCUCAGUUUCUCUAAGCGUAAACCGGAGAGGCCCGGCCCCGAGGGCAAAGCUCCAUCCAGUUACGGUUUCUGCCGUGACCUCGGAGGCCUCCUAGGGAAGCCUCCCGGACCUGCUCUGCAGUGGCCUGUCCCACCGGCUGCCACACUGGCCACGCUGUGCAGGGAGGGGACCCGGGCCGCGGUGCGGGGCUGCAGGCUCUGUCCCUCCACCUCGGGGCUCAGGUCUGGUGGAGGGAACAGGGCUGCACGUCAUCUCCCUGGGUCACUUCUCAGCUCUGCUGCCUCCUGGCUGGGCACCCUGGGGCAGGCGAUUCCCCUCUC